AUGGAUGGAUGGAUUGAGGCUGCUGCUGCUGAUGAUGGUGGCAGUGACGAUGAAGAUGCUGGUGAACUGGAUAGCUCUGGCUGUCUGUAUUUAUUUUCAGAUUCCGUGGCACGUGCCCAAGUCAAUGUUGAACCCAAUACAGCCGUACUCAAUGAGGGUGAUCCCACCGAAUUGUUGUGCCGUUAUGCCCAUCAUUCAAUCACCUAUUGUCGAAUUGAAAUCCCCGGAGAGCAGAAAGUUUUCAAUUUAUCGCCCGAUUGGAAUAAAACUCCCGGCUUUGAAUAUUUCGGACGAGGUUUGGCCAAUGGUGAAUGUGGUGUGAAAAUCGCCCGUGUAAAGGCCAUCAAUAAUGGCCAAGUUAAGUGCAAUUUGGGCGUUGAGGGUGAAGAGUUGUCAGGCACCAUUGAUUUGGUUGUGGCAUUACGCCCCAAACAACCCAGAAUCGAGUUGAUCACCAAACCCGACAAUGAUGGAUAUUUCAGUGAGGAUGUAACAUUCAAGGCACGUUGUAUUGUGGAGGAUGGUCGCCCCCAUGCCAACAUUACCUGGUAUUUGGAUAAUGAGCCAGCCAAUAAAAAUGUCGGCAAAAUGGACUAUGUUCCCUCAAAUCCCUCCAGCACUGGUUUGGAAUUGACCACCACCGUUCAAACAAUCAGCUGGAUUUUGAGCCCAGAAGAUAAUGGUCGUCAGUUGAUUUGCCGUUCUCAUCAUCAAACCGAUCGUGAUACAAUGCCACCUCAGGAGGGUGCCUACCGUCUAUUAGUGCGUUAUGCCCCUCUUCAUCAAGAUGAUGUCUCUGUCUAUGGCCUGUAUUUGGAACAAACCGCCCGUGUUAACUUAACCAUUCGUGCAAAUCCCGCUCCCGUCAUUGAAUGGACCAUUGACGGUGAAGUUAUACCCCAAGGUGAAAAAAGUGGCCGUUUCUCAGUUUACGAACCUCAAUUUUUGGGUAAAGAUUUAUACAAUGUAACCAUGCUGAUUGCUGGCCUCACAUUGGAGGAUACAACAAAGACCUAUACCAUGAGAGCAUCAAAUGCUUUGGGUCACACCGAUUAUACAGUGCGUAUUAGUUCGUCGGCAACACCACCAGCCAGUGGUUUGGAAAUUGGUGCCAUUGUUGGUAUUGUUGUUGCUGUGGCUGUAUUGAUUUUGAUUGUAUUGCUGGUUGUAUUUGCUCGUGCCACAGGAAGAUGGUGUUUCGGAGGAAAAUCUGUAAAAAUGACAACAAAUGAAACUAGCGAUACAGAAAGUGCCGAUGUGAAAGCCACCUCAACGGCAACAACUGCAACCACAGCCGCAGCUUCGGAAGUUGAUCAAAAUGCCCCAGUAACCGGGGAUAGCUGUAACAAGAAGUCGAAACGAUUGCCCUCAUUUGCUGCCAUAUUCAAGCGCAUGAAUGAGCGAGAUGCAUCCACCAAAUACCGGAAGAACAACGAAACGGAAACUGGCAACAACGAGAACGGUUCGACAGCAGACGUUGCAGGUACUGGAACAGCUAAUGAACAAUUGUCACCUGAUGGUGCCACUGAUGGCAAUGACAAUCAACCAAAGGAAGACAAACAACUCGUCUAUGCAGAACUUGUAUUAAAACCCGCUGAAAAUAAUGAACCACUGCCACCAAAAAAUUCAACUGAAUAUGCGGAAAUUGUCUAUGUGAAAAAGGAUGAUAAAAAAUAGAACAAA